AUGGGUGAGAACUUUGACUUGGACGCCGUGAACUCGUCCUUAUUGCAAGCUACUACUGGAGAAUUGUUACCUGUUGACCUGAUGCCGGACGAGGACCCGAUUCCUACUGACUCAUUCAACGUCGGCCCGCAUGCAACAGACGCAGGAUUGGCGCUGAGUGGGGAUGCAAUCAGAGAGAAAUGGCAUACCCACUGUGGACAGACCACAUCGGGCGUCAUAACCCCAGACCCAACGAAAGACCGCAAUCAAAUUGACGAGUCUUAUCGCCACGAGCUCGCUAAUCGUCUCCAGCAGCGCGUGCAACCCGGAAUUCUCCCCUCGACCACUUUUCUGAGGCCUAAAGACCUGGCGGGGAUUGAGACGUUUCAUGGAAGUAUAAUUGCAGUAAGUUUUGGUGAACGAGUUUUUCUCGCCCGGAAGCACCUGGAAACGCUGACUGUGGUCAAGUGGGCUCGCAGAGUUCGACUACUUAACCAUGCAACAUCACCAGCAUUACCGCAAAAUCUUCCGAAUCUGACGAACGGCCAAUUGCAAUCAGCAUGGGAGCAUUGGAUCUCCGCAGAAGAGCGGAAACGCACUGUGCUCGGAAUCUUCAUCCUUGAUGCUGAGUUGGCAAAGAUUCAUCAUCAUGAACCAUAUUUACGUCCUGCCACUCCGCGUCUACCGACCAUCUCCUCAGAUGACGCGUUUGCAGCAAAUAAUGCAAGUGCUUGGAAGGAGCUUGUUCAUCAACAGAUUCAGAAAUCUGGAAGCAGGACCCCAUUGCCAAAUGUGGUGCAGGAGCAAAGGCCUGGCGGGACGAGUGACUUCGAACUCUGCGCCAUACUUGAGUCCAUCAGUGCUAUGGCCUGUGAACGCCAAGAGCCUUUCUCGACCACCCCUCAUCUGACCGAGAAGUGCCAGGAAAUGCUUAUAACUUGGUACGAGACGCAUCUGUCUACUUCCGCUCCUGGUCAGGUCUCGGCUUAUCCACUUCGGAUUCUCUGGCACUCGACUUUCAUUGUCUUAUACUCGAGCCUUGACGUACUUGAGCGAGCCUGUGGUCGAGACGGGCCUGAGGCAGCUCAAGAAGCCAUUGGAUGCGCUCGCACGUGGGCAAAUUCCCACGAGGCGACCAGAUCUCUAGUGCACGCUGUCUACGUCAGAAAUUACUUCGAGUCAAUGUCUAUUGGGUCCGCGUGUCCACUAUACGUUCCCAUCUGUCUUUACCACUGCGGGAUCAUCUGGUUCUGUUUUGGGCAUUUCGGGAAUAGCAGCAACAAACCAAUAAUCGGAAGUAACUUUCCAGAAUUGGAUCUAGUUGGAGUGAACGUCGACGAAAUCAAUGCGGCAGAAUUGAGGAACUUUCGAGUUGAGCGAAAUGCGGCGAAUCAAGUCUUCAGGAUUGUCGGUUUGCUACAGAGCAUACGCCAUGGGAAGCUAUCUUCGAGUCUUGCUUCAACAUUGCUGGCGCUUAUAGAGGAACAAGAUAAUGUGUUUUAG